UAAAGCAAAAGUAAAACUAAAGUUGUUUCUGACUUCCUUACUUUAAUCUAUGCUAAUAAUUUGUAAUAAAGUUCAACUUAUAGUGUCUUAUAUUGCUUGAUAUAUGUCCUUCUUUGGAGGCAGGACUUAAUUUAGCAAAACUGAAAACACGUCUGUGAAUAGUGACGCAUCUGCAGAUAAACCUGUAUUUACCUGAAUAUACCUGGAGUCCAGUGAUGAAGGACAAAUGGUCUUCAUGCUCUUGUUUCAUCCUCUUGCUAUUCCAAUAUGCCAGUGUAUCCAGACCAGAAAAGUUUGAGGUUCUUGGUCCAUCACACCCUGUUGUGGUUGUAGCUGGUGAAGAUGUGGUUCUGCCAUGUUUUCUCAAGCCCAGUAUCAGUGCUGUGGACAUGGAGGUCAUGUGGUUCAGAAAGGACUUCAAGGAGUAUGUGUAUCUAUACCAAGAUACUAAGACUAUUACUACGAAUCAGAUCCCAUCUUACAAGGAAAGGGCAGCGCUGUUCCCAGAAGAACUGACAAAAGGAAAUGUUUCACUAAAGCUGACAAGAGUAAAAAGUUCAGACGGCGGCCGGUAUAAAUGCUUUGUUCAGUCUACAGAGUCGCAUGAUGAUUGGUCCAUUGAUGUAAUUAUCAUGGGAACCCAGUCAUUGAUCUCCAUUGAAAGAAACGGAGAUAGAGGAAUCAGUUUUAUGUAUGAACUUCAAAGCUGGUAUCCUGAUGCUGAAGUUACCUGGUUGGACAGUGAAGGUCAAAAUCUCACUGCUGAACAUUCAGAAACACAUAGAAGCACAGAUGGUUCUCUCAGUCUGAGAGGACGUGUCAUUGUACAUGAGACAGAGAAUAACAUGUUUACCUGUCGAGUUCUGCAGAAGAAGCUUGGUCUACUAAGAGAGGAGGUCGUUGAAAUAUCUGGUGAGCUGUUUCAGCAUGCCUAUCCAUGGAAGGUGGCUUGCUGGUGUCUUCUCUGUGCUCUUGCAGUAACUGCAAUGGCAAUUUUAAUUCUCUGUAAAAAAAAUCGAAGGAAAAAUGCUCAGCUCAGGACAACAGAAGGUAGGUUCUGUAUGUAUCUGUGUGUCUGUAUGUAUGUAUCUAUGUAUUUAUGUAUGUACAUGCAUCUUUCAGCACAGGCUAUCAAAUUAUCAAUCUUCCUGUCAAAGGUGUAGAUUAGGGCAUGAGUGGUGUGGACUUGUUCCUACCAAUAUUGUGGGAAAAUGCAGAAAUCUUGUUUGUAGAUAUUUUGUCAGCACUUUCUUCCCAAUAACAUGAAAUGACAAAUCAGGAAUCAGGAAGCAGAGACAGGAUGGUAUAUGCACUUAUGCGUAAAAAUACUGUGGGAUAUUUAAGAUAUCUGAGUGUUUUUUGUUUGUAGGGUUUGGCUAAGAUAACAUAGCCUUUAAUUCAAAGGGGGAAAUCUGUCAAUUAUCCCAAAGAUGGAAGGAUGGGGGGAGGGUGGUUUGCACUGUUGCCUCACCCCUAUGGGAC